AUGAACAAACCUCGACAACCGCUCGUUAAAUCCAUCGCACAACAUAAUGCCCUUAAUCAAAAUGUUAAAAAAUCCAACCCGUCAUUAAUUUUUAUCAACACUCACAUCAAUGGAUCACGUUUACGUGCUAUGAUCGAUACCGGUGCUACUCAUUCAUUUAUCACUCAAGGUGCCAUUAGCACAUUAUAUCAUUCAGCCAUACCCCCAUGUGAUAGUAUAGCUCAAUUAGGUGAUGGUCAAACCACGCUUAAAAUAGUAGGUGAAGUUCAACUAUUCUUGCAAUUUAAUAAAAUUUUUACGCCUUUAAAUGUUCUCGUUGUCAAAACAAUGAAUACAGAUUUUAUACUUGGCAGUGAUUGGUGUACAAAAAAUGCAGCAAGAAUCGAUUAUGAAAACAAUCAAGUGUCUAUACGUUCUUCAUGUGGUCGUGUCUUCAUUCCAUAUCACAAAAGCAUUGAUUGCUUAACUUUAGAUGUCAAAUCAAUUAAUGUUAUUCAUAUACCUCCACGUGAAUCAUACACUGUUCAAGCCAAAGUCGAAUUAUCAUCAGCUGAUACCGUCUACUUCUCGCCUGUCGAUCCUAUACAAUUCGAAAAAUCUAUUGUCAUGUCACCUUCGUUGUUACACAUAAAUAAUUAUACCACAUAUUUAGAAGUAUAUAAUCCACAUGAUUAUACCUACACAUUACCAAUGAAUACUCUUCUAGGUCGAGUAACACACACACCGUAUGAAAUGCAUUCAUGUUUAUCAUUUGAUACAUCUCGUGAAACUUUGCCGUUAUCGCCUCAACAUCAUAUUUUUAAUACGAUUGAACUAGAACAAAAACCUUCUGAAACAUCGAACACAAUUGAUAAAUUAAUUACACAUAUUAAAAAUGUUCCAGAGCAACAACAAUUACGUUUAAUAUUACAACAGCACAUGAAAAUUUUUGAUAUUUCGAAAAUUACACAAGCCAACACGCAUAUUCAACACACUAUUAACACCGGUGAUAGCCUUCCCAUUAGCUCAAGACCUUAUCCAAGAACCAUCGAACAACGACGUGAACUUCAAGAUGAAAUCCAAAAAAUGACACAAACAAAUCAAAUUCGUCCAUCAAAUUCACCUUGGUCAUCUCCCGUUAUUAUUCACAAGAAAAAGGAUGGUGGUAUUCGAUUUUUAGUAGAUUAUCGAAAAUUGAAUUCGGUGACCAAAAAAGAUUGCUUUCCUCAACCCACAACUGAGGAAUUACUGCAUCGAUUAGGUGGUCAUCGUUUUUAUACAAAAUUAGAUCUUAAAUCGGGCUAUUUUCAGCUUCCCAUACAUGAAACAGAUAAAGAAAAAACAGCUUUUAUUACGCAAGAUGGUUUAUGGGAGUUCAACGUUCUUCCACAGGGUAUUAUGAAUGGGCCACCAACUUUUCAAAGAACUAUGCACAAUCUUCUUGGUUAUGGCCGCUGGGAUUAUGUUAUGGUUUAUUUAGAUGAUAUUUUGAUAUUUUCACAUACAUUCAAUGAACAUUUACACCAUUUAAACGAAAUUCUGUCAAUAUUAGCUAAAGCCAAUUUUCAAGUUAAUCCUGAUAAAUGUUCCAUUGCUGUUCAAGAAAUCGAUUUUUUAAGCCAUACAAUCAAUGAACAAUGCAUUAAACCUAAUGGUGAUAAAAUUAAAGCUAUUGUCGAUUUACCCACUCCAAAAACACUUAAAGAAGCAAAUGAAUUUUUAGGAAAAAUUAACUGGUAUCGAAAGUUUAUUCCUAAUUUUUCUCAUAUAGCUGCACCAUUACACAAAGUUACCAAUAAAACAAAACAUCAUCGCCAUGAAUUUAAAUGGGGACCUGAUCAACAACAGUCAUUUGAUGAAUUUAAACGUCUUCUGACAACUUAUCCAUUAUUUUUAGAAUAUCCAGAUCCAUCAACUCCAUUUAUUUUAACAACUGAUGCAUCAAAUAUUGGAAUAGGUGGAAUUUUACGGCAAGACACACCGAAUGGCACAAAAAUUAAUUAUUUUAAAUCACGUAUGUUAGAUGAUACCGAACGUAAAUAUGAUACAAUUGAACAAGAAGCAUUAGCUAUUUUUUGGUGUCUAUCUGAACUUCGAUCAUAUAUAGGUGAUUCUGAUUUUAUUAUCGAAACUGAUCAUAAACCACUUGAACAUUUUCAUAAGAAACAAAUCAAUAAUAAACGAAUAAUGAAUUGGCUUUUUAAAUUACAAGAUAUACUGCCACAAAUUAUUGCAGUCAAGCAUCGCCCAGGUGCACAUAACGCAGCUGCUGAUUAUAUUUCACGACACUUUCCACCAUCCACAUCUACCAACAUUCAUCCAUCUACCACAGCUGUAACAUAUGAUGAUUGGCCAAUUGGUACUGAACAUUGGGAUGAACAAGUACCCAAACCACAACGUACACAAUGUACUCCACCAUCUAUUUUAGAACACACUUGUACUCGGAAUGCGAGUAUCAACGCGGAAAUUAAUGCUGUUAAAACCAGAGCACAAUCAAAACUUCAAGCUCAACCACAUUCCUCUUCACCAAAUGCAUCAUCCACAUCAACUACAUCUCAAUCUACGUGUUCGAUUCCGCCGAUCACUACUCCAUUACAUGAUUUCAGUUUAUCUCGUAUACGUUCUGAACAAGCACAGGACGUAAUUAUUCAACAAAUAAUCCAACAAAUUCGAAAUAAUCGUCGCUAUGAAUCGUUUAUUAUUCAACAUGGUAUUCUGUAUAAAUUAGUUAACCGCGAUGAUACUACUAUUAAACUUGUUUAUGCACCUUCGAAAUUAAUUCCAGAAAUAAUGACUGCUUAUCACGAUCAUCCAUUAAGUGGUCAUUUUGGCACUGGACGUACAUGGUCUAUGCUAAGAAACACAUAUUAUUGGCCACGUAUGAAAGAUACAGUAACAUCUUAUAUUAAAUCAUGUGAUAAAUGUUCACAAUUUAAUGUGGAGCGGCGUAAACCUCCAGGAUUUUUACAACCUAUUAAACCUCCUAAUGAAGUUUUUCAAGUUUUAGGUAUGGAUUGGUGGGGACCCACCACCACUUCGCUUUCUGGAAAUCGAUAUGUUUUAGUUAUCACUGAUCGUUUAUCUGGUUAUGUUUUUGCUAAAGCAUCACCUACAAAUACAGCUCACGAUACUGCUCGUAUAUUAAUGGAAGAAAUUAUCUUAGUUCAUGGUUCACCCGACACAAUUAUUACUGAUCAAGGCACACACUUCAAGAACGAACUCUUACAAGCUAUUUCACAUUUAGUCGGUUGUAAACAGAUUUUUUCGACACCAUAUCAUCCACAAACAAAUGGGCAAACGGAACGAUGGAAUUCGACAUUCGUAACACAAAUCGCCAAAUAUUGUAAUACUGAUCUAAACAAUUGGGACACAUUUUUACCAUCUAUCGUUUAUGCUUACAAUAAUGGUAUACAUAGCUCAACUGGACUUAGCCCAUAUCAACUAGCAUUCGGACGACGACCACGUCAUCCAUUUAGUCCUCAUGCAACUACAUUCGUUUUCAGCAAACCACAUGAUUAUUGGACGCAAGUGAUACAAUACAGAAAUGCAGCGUUAAAACAAGCAAAACAGCAUAUAAUACAUCAACAAGAACUAUCAAAAACUCGCUUUGAUAAAAAUCGAUCGCAUCCGAAUUUCGUUGUAGGUGACCUUGUGUGGAUGAAAGUUUUUGUCGGACGACACAAACUUCAAGCUCGAUACACUGGUCCGGUUCGAAUCGUUCGAAUUCUCUCACCCCUAUCAUUUAUAGCUGAAGAUGAACAUUUACAACAAUUUCAAGUACAUUCAAACAAUAUCAGACGUGUAUAUUCUCGUGAAUCAUUCCAGACGUGA